AUGUUCCCCUUGAACGACUUUAACCUGGUCUGCUGUGCGCUUGCGACUGUCUCGGCAGCGUUUGGCUAUAAUGUGACGCGGCGCCGGCGUAGCCACAGCUUGAAUACCCAACGGCUUGCGGAGGAAGAGCGCAAGCGUGAGGUGCUGGCACGGAGUCAGAGCGUUGCGAGCAUGUUCUCAUCAUGCGAUAGCACGAUGACUUUGGACAGCGAGGGCACAGGCUCUGAACCGCCAGUCUCCGUCUAUCCUUCCCCACCCGAGAGCGUAAACGCGUUGGACGACACGGAGCCCGGAACGCUGAAGAGGAAGAACAGGGAUGAAGGCAACAACGAUCCCGAUGGGGAGACACAUGGGGCUGCAAAGGAUCGCUCCUCCAGUCCGCCAAGGAAGAGGUGCAGGACACCACCUGCUUCCUACGAUCCGGAGUCUACAGUAAAGAACGAGGGCGAGGCAGCGAUGACCAGCACGCAGACUGUAAACAUUAUCACCGCCGACCAGCAGCAACUGGAGACGGUCCCAGCUGUAAAAGUUGUUGUUGCAGAUGGGCAGCAACAAGAGGCCUUUUUCUCGGGAGAAACAGCGACACAAAUCAAGAUAGAAGAGCCAGAUAUUGCUUCGCAGACGCCUUUCUCUUUUCCGAUUCCAAAACCCCACAGCGAGUGCAAGCCUUCCAUUUUUUCGUCGAUGCAGCCAAUACCUGCUGUUAAACCAUCCACGGCAUUUAAGUCGUUCGCCGGGAGUUCCUCCUCCUUCACUACGACGUCCACUUCUAGUAUUUCCCCGAGGUCGGGGUUCAAGCCAGUUUGGUGCUCCGGCAGCAUCAUUCUGAACGCUCCUUCCAGUACGGAAUUGACUACGUCGCAAGAUGAUGCACAGGCAGUGUGUGAUGCUGCUUUAUCAAGUGGGGAAGGUUCGUCUUCAUUAAAGGCGUCCACCCACGAAGAUCCUCUCGCGGCACACCUUUAUUCGAAAAGUACUCACAGCACUUUAACGGGUGAGGAAGACGAAACUAUUCGUGCGGAGCUGAAAGGCGCGAAGGUAUAUGUGAAGCGCGGGGGGCGCGAGUUCUCGGACGGCAUCUUGGGGCACGCCAAGAUCUUGGUACACAAGGAAACUGGAGAAGAGCGGAUACUGUUUCGUCGAGAACAGGUAUGGAAGGUCACGAUGAGCGUGCGGCUACGGCCGACGGUUCGUUGCACCUACGACGAGGAGCAAGGUGUCCUCCGGAUUGUGCUGAAGGAGUUGGAGGAACGUGAAGGGGUUCCUCCCGAUCAAUGGAAGCAGCAGGUCGUGAUUUAUGCACUGAAGCGUGGCAAGGCAUCGAAAGGGGACUUUGCGGAGUUUUCCCGCGCGGUCGUCGCAAGUGGGCAAUUGUGCGCACAGUUGCCCCCUGAUUUACGAAGUGCUGUUGUUUGA